AUGGAAGAAUUGAAUCAAGAUAUGUGGUGGGAGAGAGAAAAUUCAAGCCAAUAUCAAUGUUAUAAUGAUCUCUACUAUGAGUCAUAUAAUGAUGAUACAUGUGAUGAUCCAUAUCAUGAUGAUUGUUGGUGGACUGACGAUUCAACUCAAAGCCAACACCAUGAAUCACCUUGUUUUCUGGAGGACCAUCAAUCAGAUGAAUCUUCAUUUAGAAAAAAGUUGGAUCAAAUGUUGUACAUAUUGAGUGAAACGUUCAACAAAGAAGAAGACAACUCCAAGUCAAUUUCAGUUAUUGAAAAACAAUUAGAACAUAUAGCUAAGAACCUAAAUCAACAACCUUCAGACAAUCUUUCAAACACUAUGUUGGAGACUGAGAGUAUUUCUGAAAUCAAAGACGUUGAAAUUGAAUUGGAUAAGUAUAAUGAAAAUUUUCAUGAGUUGGAAGAGUCCAAAGUUGGGGAGGGGUUUGUGGAGGCUAAUACCAUCCCCUACCCAAUAAUUUUGAAAACACCUGAAACACAACUUUUUGUUCUUACAGAUUCUAAAAUAAAUUCCAAAUACAAACAAACAAAUUUAAUCAUUGACCGUCCCUUAUUGGCAACCAUCUAUGCUCAGAUUGGUUGUCAGGAAGGUGCAAUUGAUAUGUUAUUUGGAAAUCAUAAGGUGAGAUGUCUUGUGUUUGGACCUACUAAUGAUUCUCCAAUUAGUGGUGAUUACUGUGUAAUUCAUGAUUAUGUCUAUGAGCAUACCGCAAAUAUGCUCUCCGACACCACCCUCGAUUUGGAGAAAAUUUUCUCGUGUAACAGGUCAAAAUCAUUGGAUAAUAGUGGGAUUCAACACAUGGAAAGAAAGUUGUGGAACAAAAAACAUGAUGCAACACAUGCCCACAAAUCAUCAAUGAAAGUGUUACAUGAUAUCAAGCAUCGAUUAAAGAAGUUUACUAGAUGGAAAGAUGCAUGGCUCUUCAAAACAAGGUUUAACCAUCAUUGUGGAAGGAUUAAACGCAAAAUAGUUGAUUUUCACAAGGCCAAAAAAGGUUUUCCACAUGAUCAGGUUCCUCAAAGUAAGGUGAGCAACCUCAUGGUUGACUUUUAA